AUGCCCACCCCACAGAGGCCUGGUGGUCCCAAGGAACAACCCACAGUCCCUGACCUUGGGCCUCGUCCUCUACAGCGGCUGCCACCCACGCUGGUGCUGGCCACGCUGAGUGCAGCCUUCGGCUCCGCCUUCCAGUAUGGCUACAACAUCGCCGUGGUCAACACGCCCCACCAGGUCUUCAAGUCGUUUUAUAAUGAAACCUACUUUGAGCGACAUGGAACAUUCAUGGAUGGGAAGGCCCUGCUGCUCCUGUGGUCCUGCACGGUGUCCAUGUUUCCUCUGGGCGGCUUGUUGGGGUCUUUGGUGGUUGGCCUGCUGGUUGACAGGUGUGGCAGAAAGGGAACGCUGCUGAUCAACAACAUCUUCGCCAUCCUCCCCGCCAUCCUGAUGGGAGUCAGCAAAGUGGCCCAGGCCUUUGAGCUGAUCAUCUUCUCUCGUGUGCUGGUGGGAGUCUGUGCAGGCAUCUCCUACAGCGCUCUUCCCAUGUACCUGGGAGAACUGGCUCCCAAGAAUCUGAGAGGCACCCUGGGAACGAUGACGGAGGUGUUCGUCAUCAUUGGAGUCUUACUGGCGCAGAUCUUCAGCCUGCAGGCCGUCCUGGGCAACGCCACAGGCUGGCCCGUGCUCUUGGCUCUCACCGGGGUCCCCGCGCUGAUCCAGCUCCUCUCCCUGCCCUUCUUCCCCGAGAGCCCCCGCUACACCCUGAUUCAGAGAGGAGACGAGGAGACCGCGCGGCAAGCUCUGGGGAGGCUGAGAGGUCGCGCCGCCGACGUGGAGGCCGAGAUGGAGGACAUGCGAGCGGAGGAGCGCGAGGAGCGCGCGGCGGGCCGCCUGUCUGUGCUCAGCCUGUUCACCUUCCGGGCCCUGCGCUGGCAGCUCAUCACCAUCCUCGCGCUCAUGGCCGGCCAGCAGCUGUCCGGGAUCAACGCGAUCAACUACUAUGCAGACACCAUCUAUGUAUCUGCUGGCGUGGAGCCUGCUCACUCCCAGUACAUAACCGUGGGCGCCGGCAUUGUCAAUAUAGUGAUGACCAUCAUCUCGGCGGUCACCGUGGAGCGGCUGGGGAGGCGGCCCCUCUUGCUGGCCGGCUACGGCAUCUGCGGCUUCGCCUGCCUGGUGCUGACCCUGGCGCUCCUCUUCCAGAGCACAGUCCCUGAGCUGUCCUACCUGAGUGUCAUCUGCAUCUUCGCCUACAUCUCGGGACAUUCCAUUGGGCCCAGCCCCGUCCCCUCGGUGGUGAGGAUGGAGAUCUUCCUGCAGUCCUCCCGGCCGGCUGCGCUCACGGUGGACGGGGCUGUGCACUGGCUCACCAACUUCAUCGUGGGCUUGGUAUUUCCGUCGGUCCAGGAGGCCAUCGGUGCCUACAGCUUCCUGGUCUUUGCUGGCCUCUGCCUCCUCACUGCGGUUUACACCUAUGUGGUUAUUCCUGAGACCAAGGGGAGAACAUUUGUGGAGAUAAACCAUAUCUUUGCCAAGAGGAAUGGAGUGGAGAUUCCAGAGAUCAAAGAAGAAGUGACUGAGGUUGGCCCUCACAUACCCUCUGUGCCUGCCAAGGAGACCGCCCUUUAGUGGCUCUGCAUGUCACCCAUGUGCCCAUAUUCUAGGUUUCCCUCUCUGAGAAAGGGGUCUCCCUGCCUCAGGCCCCUGGAGAGGCCGAGUGGCUCUUUGUGUUCCCAGUGCAACUGGAUGACUUUGGAAAGCACGGUCCUUGUUUAGUUAAGAAGUGGUCAGCUUCCAAAGCUAAUGCUGGGAGCAAUGUAUGGUUAUGGGCGGGAAUGUGAAGAUUGAUUGGUAAGAUUCAAUUCUCUGGUUCUACAUUGGUGCGCAAACGUAAGUGAUAUACGAAUGGAUUUUUUUAAGUAAAGCUUUGCAAGUUCAAUGUAGUAGUCAGCUUCAUACUACUGUAACAGAAUGCCCAAGGCAAUUAGCUUGUAAAGAGAAUAGGUUGGGACUGGAGUGUAGCUCCAUGGUGGAGCCAUUUCGGAGCAUGCAGGAGACCCUGGGUUCAAUUGCUAGUCCCGCAAAAAGAGAGGGAGGAGCUUUAUUUUGGCAUACAACUCUGGAGGUUCCAGUCCAAGAAACAUUCCAGUGACUUUGGGCCUCUGACUUGGGUGACAUGGCACGUCACCGUAGGAGCGUGCGAUAGAGCAACAGGAUCCAGGAGACUGAACAAGGCUGAGUCUGGGGUCCCACAGUCUCCUUCCAGACCCCCCCAGUAACCUAAAGACCUCCCUCACCCCAGCCCCACACCCCCGUCUUUGAAAGCCACAGAGCAUCAUUUCCACCAGCUAGCUCGUCACCAGCUCCCACCCAGGUUGGCACGGGGGAGAAUUAGGCUGCAUCUUUGAACACAGGAGUGUCAAAAAUUUGCCUGACAGUUUAAAACCGCCACAAGAUCUUUCUUUCGAUCCCAACUUUUUCACCUAUUCUAGUCUGCGUUAGUCAGCUUACUGUCCCUGUGACUCAAUGCCCAAGACAAACAACUUAAAAGUCAGAAAGGUUUAUUGGGCUCAUGGUUUCAGAAGCUUCGGGCCACAGUGUGUUGGCUCCAGGGCUUUGGGGACUGUGGCAAGGCAGCCCCUCAAUGUGGGGAGCAGUGUAGGGUACGUGUGCUCACCUCCUGGUGACCAGGAAGCAGGGAGAGAAAGAAGAGACCAGGGUCCCAAUGUCCCCUUCAAUGGCACAUCUCAAUGACCUUCCUUCCUCGAGGCCCACCAUCUCCCAGGAGAACCGUGGGCGGGGACGCAGCCUUCCGCAGUGAGCCUCUGGGGUGUUCAAGGUUCAAACCGUCACAUAGUCUGUGGCCAGUAAGUCCCUCACCUCCCUCACCUCCGUUUUCCAUGCCUCUAGCUGGAGCUCACGUCCUCUAUACCAGGUGCGAAGGCUCCUGCCAGCGUCGGGGAGGUUUCGGGAUUUCUGUUACCAGGCAUGCCCACCCCAGAGCCCUCGGGGGGUCCUCUCCUCCUGGGGAUCCGCACAGCGCGGGGCCCAGGACUGAGUCUUCAGGAGGUCCAAGUAGCUCUGGUGUGUCCACCAGCUUGCCCCCGCUGCUGUGACAAAAUGCCUGAGGUAGACAACUUGUGAGAAGGGAAGGUUUGUUCUGGCUCAUGGUUUCAAAGGUUUCAGUCCCUGGUCAGCUGGCUCGCUGCUUUGGGGCUGUGGGAGGCAGCAUAUUGUGACGGGGAGCACAUGGGGGCCAGAAAUCAAAGAGAGAGAGACAGGAGGGCCAGGGUCUCCAUAAGUCCUUCAAGGGCACACCCCAGAUGACCUAACUCCCUCCAAGUAGGCCCCGCCUCUUAAAGGCUCCUCCACUUCCCGGCAGCGUCCCUCUGGGGACCAAGCCUUUUACUAAUGAGCAGCGGGGAAUCUCAGAUUCAGCCACACCCCAGUAUCUCAUUCGGGGAUCCCAGGAGCACACGUGGCUCUUCCCCAGCAGGACUCCCCCUCCUAAAUCAUGCCCCACUCAAGGUCUUCUCCACCAGCCUCUUCCCCGGUCUGUAGAUGGGCCUCCCCUAGAGGGGAAAUCCAGUCUUGCAGGACUGGAUCCUGUGGAUGGUUCAGAAGCAAAACAACCACACACCACUAAUGGCUGAGUGAGUCCAGGGUCAUCCAAAUAAAUUUGCAACUCCCUGGAGAAAUACAGAAGCUGUCUGGCGGCCUCUGGUGGAUGUGACAGAGGAGAAUCCAGUACGAAGUAGAAUCAGUACCCUGGCAGGAUAUCGAGGGGGUGUGAUGGACAACUGUGUGUGUGUGGUUCUGGGACUGGAACCCAGGGCCUGGGGCAGCACAGGCAAGUGCUCUCCCACUGAGCCACGCCCCCGGCCCCACCGGGAGCAAUUUUAUGCCAAUAAAUCUGACAAAUGAAAUGAAAGGGACAACCUUUUUGAAAAGCAAAAGGUGCCAAAGUCCACUCAAUAAAAAGUAGAUAAAAUGGCUAGUCCUGAAUCAAUGAAAGAAAUUGAAUUGUUUCUAAAUAAGCUUCCCAUGAGGUGAAAGAAAACACAGGCCCAAAUGAUGUCACUGGUGAAUGCUACCAAAACUUUCAGGGAAAAAAAAAAUGAUACAAAUGGGAUGCAAAUUUCCCCAGAAAAUUGCACAGGAAGGAGUACUUCCCAGUCGCUCCGUGAAGCCAGCAUUACUCACACCAAAACCAGACUAAAGACGUUGUAAGAAAACUACAGAUGUGCGUCCCUCGUGAGCAUGGGUACAAAAUAAUGUCUAUGCAGAGACUUGUACGAGUGUCCCCUGCAGCCUCGUCUGUCACAGCCAAAACACUGGACACAAUGCAAAACACACCAAGGUCAACAAAUGUACCACAGAACUGCACUCAGCCCUAACCGGGUGUGGACCACUGGCUCAUGCUACGGUGUGGACGAACCUCACAGUGAUCACGUGGAGUGCAAGGAGUCAGACCAAAAAAAAUAAAAAUAAAAAACCUGCAUAUCGUAUUAUUCCAAUUAUAUGAAAUUCCAAAAAAAAAAUGUAAACUGAUCUGCAGAGUCAGGAAACGAGGGAACCUUUGGGGUGAUGGAGACGCUCGUUAGGUUGAGUGC